CUGUUUUUCUUAUAAUCCCACAAAUUUGUUACCCUUUUUAAAUCCCCCAACUCUCCUCUUCCUCUUCAAUCUUUCCAAAAACUGCUAUCCAUUGCCUUCCAAUUUCCGCCAUUCAUGAUGCCUCACAAGCCCUUGCACGAGUUACUGCAACAGGAUCAAGAGCCCUUCCAUUUGAACACAUACAUCGCCGACAAACGCGUUGAUCUCAAAAGGGUUUCGCCUAAAACCGAUUUACAACUCAAGAAACGAAAACCCAUUUCGUCAAAUUCUGUUUUCCGGGGAGAUUUCUGCAGAAAUGGUUGUUUUAAAUCAUUCCACCCCUCGCCGGAGCUCCGGAAAUCUCCCCUGUUUGAGUUUCGUUCGCCGGCCAGAAAUAGAAGUAGUCCUAAUGCGAUUUUCCUCCAUGUUCCGGCUAGAACGGCGGCGUUGCUUCUUGAAGCUGCUUUAAAGAUUCAUAAACAGAAAUCGACAGCGAAAUCUAAGAAAACCCAGAUUAAGAAUCAAGGGCUUGCGCGAUUUGGGUCGGUUUUGAAGAGAUUAACUCUUCGAAAUCGGAACAACACUGACCGUGAAACGGAAGGUUGUGAUAAUGGCGGCGAUUUAGCGUCGUUUGGGCAUAGAAAAAGCGCCAUUAGAAGGAAAAUAACGCAGGGGGAGACGAGUUCUUAUAAUGGAAGGUCUAGCUAUGGAUUCUGGUCGGAAACCAACGAAGAAGGAAGAUCAAUGGAUUUGGGGACUUCUUGUAGUAGCCAAUCUGUGGAUUCAGGGGAAGAUUUCUGUGAAAGCCCUUUCCGAUUUGUUCUUCAGCGAAGCUCCUCGUACGGUUGUCAGACGCCGGAUUUUCUGUCGCCGGCGGCCUCUCCUUGUCGCCGUAACAAAGAGGAUGAAACAGUAAACAGUGAAGAAAGCUUGAAGAAAUUUCAGGUGGAAGAAGAUGAAGAAGAUAAGGAGCAAUGUAGUCCCGUGUCUGUAUUGGAUGGUCCCUUCGACGACACAUACGAUGAACGGCGUGACAACCGGGACAGGGACGGGGACAGGGACGAAGAUUACAAUUUGGAAUGCAGCUAUGCAACAGUCCAAAGAACAAAGCAGCAACUAUUAAACAAGCUUCAAAGAUUCCAGAGACUUGCCAACUUGGACCCGAUCGAGCUCGAGAAAAUAAUUCAAGAGGAAGAGGAAGAGGAAGAAGAAGAAAAGCUAGAAAACUACAAAGAGUCAGUUCAAUGGGAUAACGCAUACGACAUCGAACGUUUCGUGAAAGAGGUUGGAAACAAUGCAAGCUCCGAACCUCGAGACAUGAGGAAACUCGUCAUGGAUCUCAUUGCAGAAGAAGAGGCGAAACGAAGCGGUCUCGACGCGAGAGAGGAGGUUAUAGAGAGGGUUUGCAGGAGGUUGGAGGAGUGGGAAGUGGUGGAAUUGAAGACCAUUGAGAUGAUGGUGGAGGAAGAUCUAAGGAAGGAGGUUGGGGAGUGGAAGAAGGAGGAGGAGGAGGAGAGGAGAGGAGGGGCAGCCAUGGAUUUGGAGCUUGCAAUUUUCAGUGUGUUGGUGGAGGAAUUGGCUGUGGAACUUGCUUGUUGAAAUUAUGUAUAUAGGAGAGGAGGGUGGUGGUGGUGGUCUAUCAAUAUUUGCUGUAUAUUAUACAUAUCUUUCAUAUCUAAGCAUUUCAUUUAAUUA